CUAUUCUAUUACUUCCUCAUUGCUCCUCCGUACGUCCUCGCAAUUAAUUCCCUUAUAAAACCAACAACGAUUCAAAUCAAAAUACCCUUUUCUUUGCUUUCCUCAUCUUCUUUUCUUUCUCUUCUACUACAAUUUCUUACACUUUUGGGACAAGUCUUAAUAAAAUGAUGUACGAACAGCAACAGCAGCAGCAGCAGCAAGUGAGAAUGGCCAUGGGUUUGAGCGACAAGGGAGAUCACAGGAGAAGAUGUAUGGAGGAAGAGAGGCUUGAGAUUGUGGAUUUGAGUGCGAUGUCGUUGGAUUCACUUCCAAAUCCUUCUCUGAAUUUGGCUACUAUUUGCAAGUUAGACCUCUCCAACAAUAAUCUCGAGAGCAUACCAGAGUCCCUGACCGCCAGAUUACUUAACCUGUUGGUGUUUGAUGUGCACUCCAAUCAGCUCAAGUUUCUCCCGAACUCCAUAGGUUGUCUGUCUAAGCUCAAGAUUCUCAAUGUUUCGGGCAACCUUCUCCAAACUCUCCCUAAAACUAUUGAAAAUUGCAGGUCAUUGGAAGAAUUAAAUGCUAACUUCAACAAGCUUACCAUGCUGCCAGACACUAUUGGAUUUGAGUUGAUCAACCUGAAGAAACUGUCAGUGAACUCAAACAAGCUGAUUUUCCUUCCCCAGUCCGUCACGCACCUGACUUCCCUACGUGUUCUGGAUGCACGCCUGAAUUGCCUCGGGUCUCUCCCUGAAGACUUGGAGAACUUAAUCAACCUGGAGGUUCUCAAUGUAAGCCAAAACUUCCAGUACCUUGAAAACCUACCCUACUCCGUUGGCCUCCUCGUUUCCCUUGUGGAAUUGGACGUUAGUUACAACAAAAUAACAAGCUUGCCUGACUCCAUCGGAUGCCUGAAGAAGCUUCAGAAGCUUUGCGUGGAAGGGAAUCCCAUGGUUUCACCACCAAUGGAGGUUUUCGAGCAGAGCUUGCAUGCGGUGAAGGAAUACUUGAGUGAGAAAAUGAAUGCAGGGCACAAAAGCCCCCAAAAGAAGAAAUAUUCAUGGGUUGGGAAGUUGGUAAAAUAUGGGACCUUCAAUGGGCGCAUGAUGAGGGGCGGAGCCCACCGGGAGAGAGAGGGGUUCAUCAUGUCGGAAUAUAGGUCCAUCGACGGGGUAGCUUCACCUCGGUACAUGGGGAUGUUCUCACCGCGCCGGCUCUUCUCGCCCCGAACUUUCUUCAGCAGAUGAGGAAAAGAAAACUCUUUUACAGUUUGAAAAUGUUUGCUUGAAUGGUAUAUAUUAUAUUAAGUGAUUGUAGAUUAAUUUUCGGAUGAUAAACCGUAUAUAAGCAAGUGGGUUUAAG